AUUAGUAACUGAUAACAAUAUCUAUAGUUUACGAUAAGCAGGUUCUAUUGUAUUUACACAUAUUUAGCAGAAAAUAAACUUUAAAUCUAUCUUCAUUUAGGCAGCAGCAAUGAAGUUACAUAAAGAAUUCAAAAAUUUUGUGUCUUGUGCUAGAGCUAUGCAAGCUGCCAGUAAAGGUUUGAUUGAUGCAUUGAGUCAAAAUUAUGAAUCAGACUGGGUAGGCUAUGACCAAAUUCAUGCAAGAUCACAGACUUUAGAAAUGCUUUGGGAUGAUUUUUGCCAUAAAGUUAAUGAUCAAGUUGCUAUUCCUAUGACAGCAUAUGUGAAUCAAUUCAAUGAAAUUCGGUUAAAAAUUGCAAAACGGAAAAGAAAACUUGUUGACUUUGAUGGUUGUAGGCACAAUUUACAAUCAUUACAAAAUACUAGGAAACGAGAUGAAAUGAAAAUAGGAAGAGCUAAAGAACAGUUGGAUGCUUCCAAACGUCUUUAUGAAGUGAUCAAUAAUGAACUUCUGGAUGAAUUGCCUGCACUUUAUGAUAGCCGGAUUCCAUUCCUUGUGUCAAAUCUUCAAACCCUAUUUUCAGCAGAAGCUUUGUUUCAUGCAGAAAAAUCAAAUAUUUAUACACAUCUAACUGAUAUAAUGGAAAAAUUGUCUAUUGAAAGUCAAAAAGGUAGUUACACAAAUAGGCAAAUUCUUCAUCAAAGAAGAGGUGAAACAAUGUCAUGGUACGUCAGAGUGAAGCCACAUUACUCAACAUUGCCAUCCCAUCAUGAACAACGUAUUAGUACUCUUCAAAGACAGCAUGGACGAGCAAAGUCUGAUGAUGCACGACACUACGAAGAAAUCGAAUUUAAAAGAGGAACACUUGAAAAAGCUAAAUUUAACAAUAUAUCAAUUCCAGUGCCAACUACUGAUAUUCGAAGAUCACCUACACCAAUUAAGAAAGACUACCAAGAUGGUCGGGCUUCUCCACUUAUCACAAGAAGUAGUUCUGAUUUUAGAGAAAAUAGAAGUUCUCCAGUUGUUACUAGAAGUACUGCCUCAUUAAAAAAAGAUCCUUAUCAUGAUGAUAUUCCUUUCUCUAGGGCACCUUUACAGCAUAAAGAUGAAAAAGAAUAUGAACCAGUUGAUGGAAGUCAGUUUGAUGAUAGUCAUAUUGACCGACCUCUGUCAACUAGUUCAAAGAAAAUGGAUGAAUUAUAUGAUAUUCCUGUGGGUGCAACAACUGUUGAUUUACCACCAGGAGUUCUUUAUAGGGUAAGAGCAACAUAUAAAUACACAGCUGAAGAUGUAGAUGAAUUGGGAUUUGAAGGUGGAGAAAUUAUACGUGUUGUGGAAUUUGAUGAUCCUGAAGAACAGGAAGAAGGAUGGCUUAUUGGAAUUAAAGAGUCAACUGGUGAAAAAGGUCUAUUUCCAGCUAACUUCACACGUCCUAUUUAAACUUCUCAACUACUUUCACUAUUCAUCCACAACUCUGAUUAUUGUAAUAAUUUUACUUGAAUUCAAAAAUUCCUUUUAUUGGUUUUAAUAUCUUUUUGAUAUUACAAAUUAUCCUAUCACUGAUUUUUGAAAAAUAUACAGAAUUAAUUAUUUCCUAAUAUUAUCAGAAAAAUUAAACACAUUUCUACCCUAAAUUAAUAAACUAUUAUAUUACUUAAUAAUAAUUAUUUUCUAGUCUAGAAUGAAUUAUGUAUGCAUGUAAUGAAUGAAUGGUGUAUGAAAAUGUGCUAAAUAUAAUCUAGUCACCACACCUCUUCCCAAUUUAGAAUAGCUUGUUGUAGGUAAGAAAUGCAAUGGCAAAAUCCUUGUUUUAUUAUAGCAUAAGAACCUUACUAAAUGACUUGUAUAUCAAUUUAAAAUACACAGUUUUUUUAAUAUUUAAAUUUAUUUGACAUUAACAUUGAUAUACAAUUGUUUAGAUAAUUAUGGACAAAAAUAACACAAUAAUUCCAGUAAAUUUUUUGUUAAAAAAUUAACUUUUGAAAA